CAUCGUUCGAUGCGGUGGGGCGGUGGGGCUCAUCCACAGUCCAGCCACAAUGUUUCCAAAAGUCACAAAGUGCAGGAGGCAACAGCAAAUAACACAUUAAUAAAUGUCAUCAUCACAAUCAGAAUCAAAGCAAACCUGGAGAGAGAUCUUCCCGGGAACCGCCUGGUGUGUGGAAGGUCUCUUGGACGAAGAAGAAUGCGCACAGUUGAAGGACAUGGCAGUGAGGCAAGAUGGAAUUCUCGAGAAGACCAUGCAAGGCGACACACGACAUCGACAACGCGUCACAUCCCGUUUGGACGCCCCGGAGCUCUCGCAAGCGAUUUGGCAGCGUAUCCAAGACAAUAUCCCCCAAGAAAUUGUCUUGACGGACACGAACUUUGAACAGUUCAAGGGGCUCUUGGCAUCACCCGACAUACCCGAAGACUAUUACGGCACUUGGAAACCCAGCGGCUUGACCAGCAACCGUGUCAAUGUCGCAUAUUGUUCGGGCAAGGGACAUUUGGCGGCUCACCGCGAUGCCGACCAUGUCUGGAACGAGCACGAGCGCAGCUUCUUGACCAUCAACGGGUACUUGACCAACCGGCCAGUAGGAUCGGGAGGAGCCACACGGUUCCUCGUGGAUGAUAUUCGCGUCGAAGGAUCCGAUAUCCCCAUUAACGAAGAAAAACACGUCCUGGCGCGGGUCGAAUCCGACAAGGCAGGAAAAGCCGUCGUCUUUUUCCAUGGACUCAUGCACGACGGAGAACCCUUGGCGUCGGACGACGAGCCUAAGUGGAUCUAUCGGGCGUUGGUGUACUAUCGGCGAGAUCCCGAAACAGCACCGAAGCUGUCCCAGGAAGCGCAGGAAGCACGCAAAGUAUUAAAGGAGGCUGUGGCAGCCGAAGAGGCCGGACAAAUCGGACUUGCCAUUCAAUUGUACAAAAAGGCGUACCGGUUGGAUCCGUCGUUGGAUCGAUAAUGGAGUUAGGAAUAAGAAUGAUAGGAAUACAGGCAGCGAAAGCCAACAUUAGACUAGUUUUCGGUGUAGAGUGUCGGCCACACAGACGCAGGUCGCAUGCGAUUAGCCAG